AUGACAGACCAGGGCACCAAGUCGGAGCAAGGCAACGCGGUCGUCGACAGCACCCAAUGGGUCACCGAAGAGUCCCAGUUCGAAAAGGGGCAUGGCAUGGCGCAGUCAUUCCGCGUGACGAAGAAAUUGCACGACGAACAAACCACCUACCAGCACCUACAGGUCUUUGAAACAACCAACUGGGGAAACCUCAUGGUCCUGGACGGCGUUUUCCAGAACACCGAGGCCGACGAAUUCACCUACCACGAAAUGCAGGCCCACGUGCCACUCUUCGCCCACCCCAAACCCGAGAGAGUGCUCAUUAUAGGCGGCGGCGACGGCGGAGUUGCGCGCGAAAUUCUCAAGCACACGUGUGUGCAAGAGGUCCACUUGGUCGACAUCGAUGCCGCGGUCACGGCCGUAGCCCGCAAAUACUUCCCCAAGAUUGCCAGCGCUCUCGACGACCCGCGCCUCAAAAUCUGCCACGAAGACGGCGCCAAAUACGUCCAAAAACCCGAGCUGCAAAAUUACUUUGACGUCAUCUGCAUCGACUCCUCCGACCCCAUCGGGCCGAACGCCGUUCUCUUCAAGGAACCCUUCUACCGCAACGUCCACGCCUGCCUCAAGGAGAAUGGCUGCGCUGUCGCCCAAGGCGAAUGCAUGUGGAUCCACCCCAAGACCGUCGAAUCUGUACUCAAAAUGAACAAGAACAUUUUCGACAACGCCGACUACUACUGGCACCUCAUUCCCGUCUAUCCCUGCGGCGUCAUGGGUCUCUUGGCUCUCACCAAGGGCAAGGCCAUUAACAUGAAGCAAAUCCACCCAGAUCGGAUCGCAGCCGCCAAGAGAUUUACUGAAGAGGACCAAGCCACGAUGUACUACACCGCCGACAUUCACUCCGCCGCAUUUGCCAAGCCUGCGUUCUUCAACAGGCACCAGACAAUCCUGCGCAACCAUUCAGAAGAGGCAGCAUAA